CGCGGCCUAACGGGCGCCGGCCCCGGGCGGGGGUGUGUGCGGGGCUGGGCCCCGGGCCUAGCGGCGUCCUGGGGAGGGAGCGUGUGUUCGAGGCCGUGGUCCUGAGCGGACCUUUCGGGGUGGCCGAUGGUGCUUGUGCUCCGUGUCCGUGCGUGCUCAUGCGGCGCGGCCGGGGAGCGCGGUGUGCACAGCUGCGGCGGGGGAGGCUUGCUGCCAUUGUUUUUCCAAAAUCCUCACAAAACAAUUAAAAGCCACCCUUAGCUUCUGCUCUCAAGAGUUUAAUUAGGCAGUGUGGUAAACUCUGUUCACGUUGGGACUAACGCAGCAUGCCUUUAUUCGUUCUUGGCUGUUAUUGCAGCCACCUUUGCGUUUGUCGCCUUUUGGCUUCAGUGUACUCAGGUGGAAGAGAUGGUGAAGUGUGAGGGAUAUCAAAACCUGCUCUCCUGUAGAGAGGAGUACUCAGGCUCUCUUAGAGUGAUCGUGUUUCCCAGUUGAUAGAAAUAACUUUAUUCCAGAACAAGGGGGAAAGAUAAAAAGGCUGUUUGGAAGAUUGUACAAAGAUACAAACUGCUGUUAACUCCAGGAAUUCCUCUAGCAGGGCUCAAGACUCCGAUCUGUGUUAAAAACUGGGCACGUCUAAGGAAGUCUGACACCUUUUUACCCCUUUGUGGUUCUGUAGUUCUCUACAUGGUAAACAUCAUAUACCUAAGAGAAGAAAUAUGCAUUUCAGCAUAGACAUACAUCUAGGUUUAGAAAGGUACGAGGGUAUCUUAUGACAAACUUGUGACAAAGAGUGUCAGUGCCUGGAAAAAUGACUUGGCUAUUCAUCAGAUGGCUAGUGAGCUAAACAAUAUCCAUGCUAUUUGCAGAGCAUGUCUUCAGGCUUCAACGAAUUCUUAUUCUUCCUGAAACCUGACAGAGGGUGUGUUUGGAACUGCUUGGCACAAAAUGCAGUGGGAAGAAGCGGUGCUGGCACUGUGCUGCGUUAUGCAAUCUGACAUAUGCUGCAAACAAUAAUUAAUCAUAUCAUAGAAUGGUUUGAGUUGGAAGGGACCUUAAAGAUCAUCUCAUCCUGCCAUGGGCACGGACAACUUCUACUAGACCAGGUUCUCCAAGCCCCAACCAACCUGCACUUGAACACUUCCAGGGAUUUAAGUCAUAAUCAUUUAUUGUCAUCCAACUGGAGCAUUGAUUUGUCUGCUCACACACUACAAGAAGUGAAAAUGAAUUACAAUGAGCUGAGUGAAAUUCCAUAUUUUGGAGAAACAACUUCUAAUAUAACUCUUCUCUCGCUGGUACACAAUACCAUUCCAGAAAUAAAUGCUGAGCAACUCCAAGUUUACCUUUCACUGGAAAAUCUAGAUCUUAGUUCUAAUCUUAUCUCUGAAAUUAAAGCUGCUUCUUUUCCACGGAUGCAACUGAAGUAUCUGAAUCUGAGUAACAACAGAAUAACUACUCUGGAAGCAGGAUGUCUUGAUAACUUAUCUAGCUCACUAGUGGUGGUAAAGCUGAACAGAAAUCGGAUUAGUGUGAUUCCGCCAAAGAUCUUCAAGUUGCCUCACGUGCAGUUUCUGGAACUGAAAAGGAACCGGAUUAAAAUAGUGGAAAGUCUUACAUUCCAAGGCCUGGAAUCCUUAAAAUCCUUGAAAAUGCAGCGCAAUGGGAUUAGCAGACUAAUGGAUGGAGCAUUCUUUGGCCUGGGUAAUAUAGAAGAAUUGGAACUGGAACAUAAUAACCUAACAGAAGUAAACAAGGGCUGGCUGUAUGGUCUGAGGACAUUGCAACAACUCUAUGUUAGCCAGAAUGCCAUUAACAGGAUCAGCCCAGAUGCAUGGGAGUUCUGCCAAAGACUUUCUGAGCUAGACUUGUCGUACAACCAGCUAACCCGCCUCAAGGAGUCUGCCUUUGUGGGACUUGGCUUGUUGGAGAAACUCAACCUGGGUGACAAUCGCAUUAGUCACAUUGCUGAUGGUGUCUUUAGAGGUCUGACAAACCUUCAAACCUUGGAUUUGCGGAACAAUGAGAUCUCCUGGGCCAUAGAAGAUGCAAAUGAAGCAUUUGUGGGACUCAGCAGGCUGGAUAAACUAAUCUUGCAAGGAAACCAGAUUAAGUCAAUUACCAAAAAAGCAUUCUCUGGUCUUGAAGGACUUCAACACCUAGAUUUAAGCAACAAUGCAGUAAUGUCCAUCCAAGAAAAUGCAUUUUCCCAAGCUCACCUGAAGGAACUAGUUUUGAACACUAGCAGCUUGCUUUGUGAUUGCCAGUUGAAAUGGCUGCCACAGUGGCUCACUGACAGCCAUUUACAGCAGGCUGUAAAUGUCAGCUGUGCUCAUCCUGAAUGGUUAGCAGGACAAAGCCUUCUCAGUGUGGACCCUGGUGAUUUUGUCUGUGAUAAUUUCCCUAAACCUCAGAUAAAGGUGCAUCCUGAGACCACAGUUGCUCUGCGAGGCAUGAACGUGACUCUGACUUGCACUGCAGUGAGCAGCAGCGACUCUCCCAUGUCCACUGCCUGGCGUAAAGACAGCGAAGUGUUGUAUGAGGCAGAGGUGGAGAAUUUUGCCAGAUAUCAGAAGCAAAGUGGUGAAGUGGUUGAGUAUACCACUGUCCUGCACCUCUUCAAUGUGAAUUUCACUGAUGAAGGAAAGUAUCAGUGCAUAGUCACCAAUCACUUUGGCUCCAAUUAUUCCAACAAAGCCAAGCUGACUGUCAAUGAGCUGCCUUCCUUCCUGAAAACCCCCAUGGAUCUUACAAUCCGCACCGGGGCGAUGGCCCGGCUGGAGUGCGCUGCAGAGGGCCACCCGACCCCACAGAUCUCCUGGCAGAAGGAUGGUGGCACAGACUUCCCUGCUGCAAGAGAGAGGAGGAUGCAUGUCAUGCCUGAGGAUGAUGUAUUCUUUAUUGCCAACGUCAAAAUAGAAGACAUGGGAAUCUAUAGCUGUAUGGCACAAAACAUUGCAGGUGGUUUGUCAGCAAAUGCCACGCUGACUGUGUUAGAAACUCCCUCCUUCAUUAGGCCUCUGGAAGACAGGACAGUCAGCCGAGGUGAAACUGCUGUGCUGCAGUGCAUAGCUGGGGGCAGCCCUGCCCCUCGCCUCAACUGGACUAAGGAUGAUGGCCCCUUGACAGUCACAGAAAGGCAUUUCUUUGCUGCAGCAAAUCAACUUCUUAUCAUUGUGGAUGCUGGGCUGGAGGAUGCUGGGAAGUACACAUGCAUCAUGUCCAACACCCUGGGCACCGAGCGUGGCCACAUUUACCUCAAUGUCCUGGCUUCUCCAAACUGUGAUUCUUCCCAGAGUGGAAUUGUCCACGAGGAGGAUGGCUGGACUACAGUAGGCAUCGUGAUCAUUGUCGUGGUGUGCUGUGUUGUGGGCACAUCCCUGGUGUGGGUUAUUGUAAUCUACCACAUGAGGAGGAAGAAUGAAGAUUACAGCAUCACUAACACAGAGGAGAUGAACCUACCUGCAGACAUUCCCAGCUAUCUGUCCUCCCAAGGAACUCUGUCAGAGCCUCAGGAAGGCUACAGCAACUCAGAAGCAGGAAGCCAUCAGCAGCUUAUGCCUCCAGCUGGUAGCUACGUGCAUAAAGGCACAGAUGGUGGUGCAGCACCGUUGGUGAUCUGCUCAGACUGUUACGACAAUGCAAACAUCUACUCCAGGACACGAGAGUACUGUCCCUAUGCCUACAUCACAGAAGAAGACUCCCUGGAUCAAACUCUCCCUAACCUCAUGGUGCAGAUGCCCAAGGAAACAUACCCAACUUGUGCCCAGCAUGAAACCAGUACUCUUGACAAUCUCUUAGCAGACAGAGACAUGUCUGUCUUCCUCACCAACCAUGACAAAAUAAGUGAAAAGAAAAUCUCUUCCCAGCAGAUGAAUGAACCUUUUCAGCUUCCUUUAUGGGGAGUAAACAAAGACCUAGCCCUCUCUCACUCACACUUCCUGCAUCAGCAGUCAGCCCGUGAGACCUCCCGAGCCCCCCGAAGCGAGGCCGUGGCUGAGGGCGAGCGGGGCCAGGCUGCUUCACCCCGCCCUUGCCGCCGCUUGCGGGAACGCAGCUUUGAUUUCAGUAGGACACGGAACAUUCACGACUAUAGUGAAGCCACAUAAGACACUCCAAUGAAGUCUUGAAAGCAAAUCCUCUCAACUGACUUGUAUUGACUACCUCAGGACUAACCCCAAGGCCAAAGAUGCUCGUGUACGUGUGCCUACGAUUACAGGCUGACCAAACCGAGUUGGGCGCCCCAGGAGGAGGUGGCACGUGCCCUUUUUUUCCUCUCCCCUUGGAUUCCUGUGUAUUGGACAAUGGGAAUGUGCAACAGAACACAUGGCUGAUGAGUGAUACCUGCAGGAAUGGCAAGGAAACAUGGAUCUUUCUGAUGUUGGCAGCAGCCUUUGUGUUGGUGCAUGCUUUGAAAACCUCUCCAGAAUGCACAACGGCUUCAGUGCAUUGUCUGCUUGGAAACAAAUGUUCCUCUGCGUGGAACUCCCCAGUAACUGUAAGCAUAAAACUCUUGGCCAGCUUGUUGUUCCUUAGGCUGUUACCAGUCUAACUUUGGGGCUCAUUUUCCCCUCCAAAUAAUGGACUCUGGGUGUAAAUAAGUUUGCAUUGAUAACUAUUUUGUAUACAUUUAAGCAUAUCAACGUGUUGGCUGUAAUGUAAAUAUAUUUUGUAUUAUGCCAAAGUGUGUAUCAUACUGCUAGUCUUGACAGCUGCAUAUCAAGCCAUAUGGGGUUGGUUUGGGUGGGACAGAAAACUUGUUUCUGAUGAUGAGAGCUGUCUUUGUUUUGGAAAGAAGCGAAUUUAUGAUAGAUGUGUGGUGAAACUGUGAUACCGAUGAAUUUCUUGCUGGAUGUAACUCUGUGCAUUAAGCCUGGCUGACCUGACUGCAAGCUGAUCUCAUGACAUGAGCAGACUUCCAAGUUUGACCCAUAUAAAAGUGUUGAGAGGGUCCUUCCAGUCUCUGUUGGGCCCCUGUUUUGUCCAGGAGAGCAUAAAGCCCCCCAGGGUAUCCAACUUCCCAGAAGUUCUUGUAAAUAGCAAACAAAAAAGACCCAUAGGCAAAAACGUUUCCUUCUGUUCAUCUGGUAAAAUAGCUCUCAGAUGGGAGUUCUGAGUGAUUUGUUUCAGAAGCUUGAGCUUUCAUCUCCUAAAAGAGCCCCUGUGUGUUGUGUGUGUUGCAAAGGAGCCUCCAUAUAUUUUUCCUAGCUGACAGUAAAGUGAACUUCUGAAAGCAUUGGAUAAAUGGUGAGAGCAUUUGAUAAAUACUUAGUGACUGUGCUGUGGAUUUUGUUUCCUCUGCACAGUCAAGAGCCAUAUGUAGUUUAAAACAUUUAUGUCCUUUCCUUUGUAAAACAUCAGGCAAAAUUGUUGCCCCGUUGACCUCCAAAAUCAUUCCCCAGAAUUCAGCAAGGCCAAAAAGCUGAAUUAUUUGACGGGUGAGACACGAAGCAACAGGCAGGGAACCAGUCAGUCUUGAAGAUGCAGAAUCAGAGGAAGUGCAGGCUUCAUUGGUUGCAGAGGGGGGAAAAGUUAUUGAAGACUUCUUGGGAAGUUCUGGGAAAUGCUCCUUUGUGUAGGAGGGGAUGGAGACUCUGAAGUGGUGGGUUUUCAGUGAGCGUGCUGUGCUCAGAGCGGAGUCACUCAACAUCAUGCUCACACCAGGAGAGCAAGGGGCUUUCUUCCUCACUGUGGUGGUUUUUUUUCAAGCUGUGGGAUAUGUACUAAAAUGAGAACAAGUGCAUGAUCCAUUUUUGUAAAGACAGAGGAACCUUUCUGGGGCAGCCCAAGAUCCAUGGAUCCAUUCCUCAGUAGAGGGGUGUGCGAGAUGCAUUCGUGCAGAGUCACAGCAGAAGCUUUUAAGGCUGGAUCAUUUGAGUAAACGAGUGAGGAAAUGCUGGGAAUAAUGAUGAUUUUCCCACAGCCCUUUGGGCAUGAAUAAUAGUCAGAUCUAUGCAAAUGAGCAAAUAUUAUCAAGGGCUCUUAGCAUGCUCUCAAAGCAGCCGUGGUUGCUUUGAUAGCCAGCAGCUUUAGUGGGAAGAGGAUCCUAUUGUCCUUGACCUCUGGAUAAAGUAGAGAGAAGUGCAAGUGUGUGAAGCUGUUUUGGGGCUCUGACAUCUGAAAUGUUUUGAUAACAUACAUGCUAAAAGAAGAAUCCCAGUUUCAUUCUCUUCUGGUUUUAUGUCCUACAAGCUUGUCCUUUCUAGACAGCAUUUAAGACAUGGUGCUCAUUUUUGGUCCAAAGUUCUCUCUUGCAGGAAGCCAGUACUGUCACUUUAAAUCCAGAUGGUAAAGGUCAUGUCAUGAAAUGACAGCAGCAGAAAAGCCUCGUCCUUUAGGGCUGCUUGCUUCUUUCUCCAGGUACUCACAGAGGCUGCUGAGGGCAAAGUAGCGCCUUUGCUGCUGCUCUGUCUCCCAUCACCAUUUGGCAAAUGCUUGCUUCUUUUCCUUUCGUUCCUCUCUUCUGGGGAGUUGAGCUGAUACAGAUCUGUCCCAGCAUGGCUGUGGAUGACCAGACCUUAGGUGUCCUUUGGGCACAACCCCCUUAUGCAACUGAGUUCACCUUAGGUAGGUAAGAUGUGCUUGGCCAGGACCAAGGCUUUAAGUUACUGCUGUCUGCACCAGAACAAACUGAAGAGAUAGCUCUUGCUGCCAUUUAGGAGCCAAAUCUGUGCUGAUUCCUGUGAGAUACUGGUCUAUGAAAGCUGCCAUUAUGAACUGGAACAUUGACACCCUUCCAUGAGCAAUGACAUCUCUUUAAAGGCCAGAACCUGGCUGUGAAUAGCUGAAGCUUGUCUGUCAGUGAACACCUUGCUGUGCUUAGCAUCAGGGAGAAACUUCCUAGGAAAACAUGCAGGAAAAAAUGGAGUCUUUCUUCCUUCCCCCUUUCCUGCAGGAGAUGCAGAUGGGGCAGAGGGGCCAGUCAGUAUUCACUAAACACACCUUCUUCAGUCAAUGCCGAAGUACCGACAGAACAGGAGCUGGGGGUGGAUAAGACAGCGUGAGCAAAACUGCUCUUGUUCCCUGUUGCUAUUUCCUAGUGUCUAUUUAUAUUUUUUUCCACAUCAGAAUGUAUAUUUUGUAUAGCAUGUGUAAUAUAUGUUUGUCUAUUGUAACAUACUUUCAUUCAAUAAAAUGCUGUACACCUUGGGCA